AUGUGGACAAUCGAGCAAAAAAACAUGUCGGCUCGCAACCCUGGCAAUUCAAACAGUAGUGUAAUAUUAACAGCAGUAGCUUUACAAGACCAUUGGGUCAGGACAUUAGCUUUAGGAAAAACAUUCGGACCUCGAAAAAUAGGCAUAGGACCAGCUGCAAAAUCUAAACAGAAGAAAGAAAUCAAAUCAGUGGUAGACACUGGAAAUAGAGUAAAGAAAGACAAUGUAAAGGUUAAGAAAGAAGAAGAAUUUGUUUUAGAUAUAAAACCUCCACCAUUAACUCUAGCUCAAAAGUUUGGAUUAGUUGAUGCACCGAAACAAUUAUUAACAGAAGCUGAAUGGAAUGGUGUCAAAAUUAAAUCCAAUAUUAGAGAAGAUUCCAAACAACCUUGUGUUAUAUGUAAAGAAGAUUUUGGUUUGCAACAACAGGUACUAUUGUCGUGUAGCCAUGUCUUUCACAGGGCCUGUCUCCAAGCUUUUGAAAAGUAUACUGGUAAAAAGACGUGCCCCAUGUGUCGACACAAACAAUAUCAGUCUCGAGUUAUACAUGAAGGAUCGAAACAAUAUCGACUAACUUGUGCCACGAAAAUUCAGGCAGUCUGGAGAGGUUACGUUGUACGGUGUUGGUAUAAAAACUUCCGUUUGUCAGUCCCACCAACAGAUCCUAAAUUACGCAGGAAAUUCUUCGAGGAAAAGCUUCAAGAUAUCACAGAUCGAAUGGUGAAAUCUUGUGACUUUAGUCUCCAUGGUUUCCUACAAGAAAUGGACCAAUCACUGGAGGCCAGUCGAAAUGUCUUUAAGAAUUUUGACGCGAUGUUCAACAUUUUAUCUGAACAGGAUUGGGAGGAAGUUCAAUUAAAGGCAGUUUUACGGGCUGACACUGAUUGUCCGAUAUGUUUACAAGAUUUAGCACCAACAGUAUUACUAUCAUGUUCCCAUGUGUUUCAUGACAUGUGUUUGUGUACGUUAGAGAAAUUGACUGAAGGAGAUCUGAGGAAUAAUUGUCCAGUUUGCCGAGCUGUGUAUCAGAAGAAAAUAAUCCAUAUGUGA